UUUUUAGUACACAAUUGUGAACGUCAAGAUGGUCGAACCUAACAGUUUUUUUCGAGUGGCUAAAAAUGAAAUUUUUGGGAGAUUUAUUAUCGCAUCCAAAAAUAUCCAACAGGGACAGUUGAUUUUCAAAGAAAAUCCCGCGGUUUUGUGCCCCCAAGUAGGGGGCCCCAUAAUUUGUUUCAACUGUUGCGCCCAAUUGAGAAAACUGUUCUUUUGCCCCGAUUGCCGAGUCGCAGUGUUAUGCAACCCAAAUUGCAAAAGUCAAUUUCACAACGCACAGGAAUGCACAGCUCUCAAAACACUGCCACUCAAUCACGACGAUAUUUUAUCAAAUCCGGAAAUUGUCACUCCUUUGCGAUGCCUCCUGUGGCGACAGUUUGACAAAAAUCUACUUGAAAAUUUUCUACAGCUCGAAGCGCAUUUGAAUUUCAGGCGAGAGUCGCAAAUCUGGCGCAGGAAUCGCGUUAAUAUCGAGGAUGUCCUUUUCAAGUUGAAAAUACUCGAUGAAAAUGACUUGAGAGACGAUGUGGUGCAGAAAAUAUGCGGAAUUCUUGAUAUUAAUACUUUUGAUGUGCGACAACCGCAACGAAAUAGGCUGGGGUUUAAUCAGAGUGAAAACUUGAGAGGGUUGUAUCUAAAGGCAGCUCUUAUGGCUCAUGAUUGUGUGGCAAAUACGCAUUUGGCGGUCGAUGACGACUUUGUCUUGUAUGUGCACGCCGCUGUUGAUAUCCCGGAAGGCAGCCCCAUUUAUUUUAAUUACACUGAUGUUCUGCAGGGCAAUGACGAGCGAAAACGGCGACUCCUCAACGCCAAACAUUUCGAAUGCCAAUGUUUGAGAUGCCGCGAUUGCACCGAAUUUGAUACUGAAAUGAGUUCUUUAAAAUGCCCCAGAUGUCACAAAGGCCUUUUACGUCCAAAACCCUGGCAGUGCUCUUCUUGCCAACGAAUUUUUCAAGAUUCUCUUAUCAAAAUGACAAUCACAGAAUGCCAAAGACGAAUUGAAGAGUUUGAAUCACCCACCAUUGAAGCUUUGGAGAAAUUCCUGAAAAAACUAAGUUUCACGUUUCAUCACCAACACUACUUAGUUUUGGAAGUGGAGCAAAACUUGGUCCGUCUCUACUCACAAGCCUCUCCAAGUGGGAAAAACUUAAACCGGAAAAUCGAGCUUUGCAAUAAACUUUUGGAGAUUUUCCGAAAAAUUGAACCGGGAAUUUCCCGCAUUCAGGCAAUUGCCAUGUAUGAAUUGCAUUCAGCUGUGGCAAAUUUGGCACAAAAGUGCUACAAUAAUAAGGAAUUUGGCACCGAGGAAUUUGUCAAAAGGCUACUAGCAGCUGAAACUAUUUUGAAAAACUCAAUCAAAUAUCUCCUCUACGAACCUGUGAAGAGUCCCGAAGGACGACUAGCACAAAACGCUCUGUCAGAAUUGAAAAUGUUGCGACUGUCGAUCAACAACAUUCAACUGGGGGAAAAACAAACCAAACCAACCAAAAACAAGAGAAAAAAAUAGAUUUUAUUAUUUUGUUACAAUAAAUCAGGCAGGUUGUAUAAGUAAAUCAAAAU